AAAAAAGCGACAAAUAUACAAGAAGAUGAUGUCAACACGCGUCCAGGAUCGCGGAAAAAGAAAGGCAAGAAUGUAGAAGCAGUAGACAAGAAAAGCACAGGUUCAUCUCCUUCAGGUUCAACUACAAGGAAAAGAAGAGGAAAGCCGCGUAGUGGUAGGAAUACAGCUGUUAUCAAGAUGGAUUCUUACUCUAGUGAAGAGGGCGUGGACAUUCGUGGGACUGUUGAUAGGAGAGAAACUUCCGGGGCAGGUGAUAGAGAGGGUGGAGAGCGAGAUGGGAGUAGAUCCUCAUCCUCUAGCAGUCGUGGAGGUGGGUCAUCCUCUUCCUCCUCCUCCUCAGAUGAAAACAAAUCUUCUGCAGGUGACGUGUCCAGGUCCGACGAUAGUUUCUCCAGUGAUGACAUGGCCGAAGACCUCCCAGACCUAUUAAAAUUACAAAGCUACAACCCGCAACUCGUACAGCAUGGGGACGAUACAGCUAAGAAUCAGAGGCAUCAGAUCUGGCGGAAAACCCGGAUUGGUCUUGGCGCAACGCCUCCGUCGUCCUGUGGAUCCUCUGCUUUCGGAGGAAGCAAUGCGGACAGAGGUCUAAGAGAACUCGCUUUUCUCGCUGAUAUUCAGGGAGAGUCGCACAAACGCGUAUGUGGUUUGAGGGAGCCGACGGCCUCUAUGUUAAGGCAACCCAUAUUUUUAGAGGUAGAGCAUCGAUCCGCAGCGCCCUCCUUGGUGUCUUUUUCAGGUAGAAAAAGGCGCCUCCAGGGAUGCUACCAAGGAUGCGACCGCAGUAGCUCCAACUCUGGUGGCGUGGAUGCGACGACGAGGGUACAUCUACG